UAUACUCUUUGUCUGUGUCUGGCAUAAUCAUAAUUUACUCAAUUGGUAAAUGAUAAAUCAAGUCAAAAAAAUCGUUUGUUUAUAUUUUAUCGUAAUUUCUCAUUUUCUUAGUCUUGAUAGUGGUAUGCGGUAAUUACCUAUAUUAGGAUAUCACAAAUAAGACUACAAUGUAUGCGAAUAGGAGUAUCAGAUUAAUUAGUUCGCUUCGGUUAGUAAAUAAACAGUUGACACAGGCUAAUUAUGUGACAAAAGCACCAAAGCCAGAAAUUCCUAAAAAUCCAUUGGCAUCUGUGUAUUCGGCUGAUGAUCAAAAAGACAGUGGAAUUGUUUAUGACCGCAAACCCUUUAAGCUAACCCUGGAGGAAGGGAAGACCUACCACUGGUGCUUAUGUGGCCGCUCCAAAUCUCAGCCACUGUGUGAUGGCACUCAUAAGGAUGUGUUUUUAAAAAUUACUCAACGGCCCAUCAGGUUUACUGUUGAUAAAACAAAAGAGUACUGGCUGUGCAACUGUAAACAGACUAAAAAUCGUCCAUUUUGUGAUGGCACCCACAAGCAGAAAGAAAUUCAAGAGGCUACUACAAUCAAAGUUUAGCUUAUAGUGUGAUGGAUUGUAGGAAUAAUGUUGUUUUAGUCACAUAUAGAGGAAAUAUAUCUUAAAGUAU